AUGGAACGCGACUUGGAAGGCCUAAAUUCCGCAUUAAAUUCAGUGAAAAUCCUGCGUUCCAAUGUACGUCGAGUCUUCGAAUCGAUUAGCAACGGCCUGCGCGCCGAUCACGGCGAAGAAUCCAAAGAAAACAAAUACAUUUUGGAACUCCAAGAACUUCUAACUACGGUAAACAACAAUUUGCGAGACGUAGAAGGCUCGGUGGCAAGUCUCACUCCGCCUCCUAGCGCUUUUAAUUUGGGCAACAGCACUUAUUUGAGCCAAGAAACUACACAGGAAAGGCAACAGCUCUACGGACAACUUGUCAACAGCUACAAAUGGACUGACAAAAUACGCGAAUAUAGCGCAUUAGCUGGCAAUAUACUAGCUUCAAAUUCCUUUAAUAAAACUUACAAAACCCUCAGUACAACUAAAAGAAGAAAGACUCAAACCAGCAACCACAAUGUUGCACCAGAAGUAAUUGAAAACCUCAUUAUAAGCAUUGACAGGCUGUUUAAUGACGUCACAAUUACUCCAAACAGGCCUUUAGUACCAAACCCAGUAAUACAAGUCUCAUUAGGCCGAGUUUUAAAGGCAAUCAUAGCCUUUAAAGGUCUAAUGAUUGAGUAUGUGGUGGUCAAAAACCUGUCAGAAGGCAACGAUCUUUGGACCGAAUCCAGAUACAGGGUGUUCAGAAAAGUGACUGAAAAUUGCCACGCUGCCAUGUGCCAUUUUCAUUCACCAAUGAUGCCAGAACUUGCAGUUAGAUCUUUUAUGCAUUGGUUUCACAGCUAUAUUACUCUGUUUAGUGCUCCUUGUAAAAGGUGCUUGAAGCAUUUGAAUUGUAAUUUGCCUCCUACUUGGAGGGAUUUGAGGUCUUUGGAACCUUAUCAUGAAGAAUGCAAAUAA